GUUGUUCCAGAUGUGGCGAUUGAUCCCCAUGCUGUUACUAGCCGCCGUGACCCUGUCGACGGGGGUUCUACUCCCGCGACUCCCGCCCCUACAACCGGGCCCCGACCCCGCCUCCGACCAGUCCACUAGUGAUACACAUAGCACACUAACCGAAUGCGACGUCCUGAGGAGGCUGUUCAAUAGUGAGGCCAACUGGAUGUUCGACACUGACAAUAAACAGUACAACGAUUAUGUCACCAAAAGUCCCGGUGCUAACCUGCAGCAUGACAAUUAUAAAGAUAAAACGUACAUCUAUCAAUUUCAACCCCAAGACUUUGAAAAGAACUAUUUUCAUGUGCAAGACCCUAACACCAACGAGAAACCCCUUCACUAUGAAAUCCCUCUUCCUACGAUUAAAACGUUGUAUUUGCGAAACAAAGAUGUAAUCAUACGGGACGAUCAAGCUUACUACAUGUACGAUACGUACAUGGCAACAACGAGUCCUUUUGAUUAUGUCCAAAAUCAUCAGAACUGCCUGUACAAAGCUAUGGCACGGCCAUCGUCACAUAACGCGGCUUGGACUGAUACAGAUAUUUUAGAAUGGCAAGCUGAACGAGAGAAACUGAACACGAACGAAAUUAUCCCAUCGGUAGAACAACUGGGUAAAAGAUUUGAGACAGAGGAAACGGGCGAAAAAGAGAUCCCUGACUUGGUGAUAAACGAAAGACAAACAGGGGAAGUCCAAAAGAAGUUGUUCUCGUUCUGGAGCCGGCUGCAGGCGUUGUCGCACAAGGGGCGACAGCUGCCCACUCGCAGACACACCUUCGCCUUCUACGGGCCGGACGGCACGCGGGACGGCCCGCUCACCGCCGAGACGCGCGCCUCGCACCUCCGCCCGCCCGGACAGCCUCUCCGAUGGGGCUAAACACUAAACUAUCUACGUUUUAGUGUUCAUUACCAUCGGCCAUGCAACAUAAUUACAUCAACUUACACGGGCAACUGCAUUUUCAUUCACGGGGCAUGAGGCCAGUCGGAGAAGAUCUCAACAGUUAACUAUACAAAAAUGUUUAAUUUUCAUUAUGUUAGCGGUCUUCUGAAGCCGAUUAGUACAAUAAAUGUAAUCAAAUAAUUUUAUAUACCAGGUAUUUU